CACUUAUCAUGAAGUUACUUCAUUUCCCAUUCGUCUGUGCACUGCCAUUGUAGAACCUGCCGAGAUCAUUUAGGUGUGGAUGGUACAUUGCUGGAUUCAUCUGCAUUGUGAUUUUUCUAUUGAGGGAUUAUGUAUUUGGAGUGAUAAAAUAUUUAAAGAUGGCGACACGAUGGGCAUGUCUUGGACCAGGGAAAAUUUCCUCAGAUUUCUUUAAGGCGAUACAGGAUAAUCUUCCAGCUACAGAACAUGAGUUUGUAGCAAUUGCCUCCAGAGACCAGUCAAGGGCCCAGCAAUUUGCUGAUAAGUUCAAAUUUAAAAGGGCCUAUGGUUCAUACGAGGAUGUUGCUAAAGAUAAGGAUGUAGAUGUAGUGUACAUUGGUACAAUAAUCACAAAUCAUGUAGAACUGUCAAUGAAGAUGUUAGAAGCAGGGAAACAUGUUCUAUGUGAGAAACCCAUGGCUAUAAACUAUAAAGAGGCAAAACAAGUCCUUGACUUCGCUAAAUCUAAAAAUCUCCUUUUUGUAGAAGCAAUAUGGAGUCGCUUGUUCCCAGUGUACGAUGAAAUAAGAAAUGAGAUGGCAGCUGGUUCCCUUGGUGACAUCAGACUGGUACAAGCUACCUUCUGUGUGCCUAUAUCUCAAGUUGAGAGACUGCGGGACGUAAAACUUGGUGGUGGAGCAUGCCUAGAUAUUGGAAUCUACACAAUCCAGUUUGCUUGUCUCAUUUUUGGCGAAAUGCCAGAGAGUAUAACAGCUGUUGGAAAUCUCAUGAAAUCAGGUGCUGAUGAGAAUGCAUGUAUAAUUCUGAAGUACAAAAAUGGAGCAGUUGCUAACCUGACAUACCAUGCUUCAUUGACUAACAACAAUACUGCAGUAAUUUGCGGUACUAAGGGGAGAAUAGAGGUAGAACAUCCAUUCUGGGCACCGACAAAAAUAAGUACUCCAUCUGGUGUGAAAGAAUUCCCAUUGAAAGAUGAUGGAGGGUAUAAUUUUGGAAACAGUGCUGGACUUCAUUAUGAGGCUAAUGCUGUUCGUGAUUGUCUGUCAAAAGGUUUAAUUGAACAUCCAUACAUAAAACAUGGAGACAGUGAAAUGAUAUAUAAAAUCAUGGAUGAAGUUCGGCGACAGAUCGGCAUGGUGUAUCCAGACUUUGACUAACACCAGACAGAUAUUGAGAGCAUAAUAGUGGGAGUUAAAUACUUUCAGCGGUCAAGUCAUCAUAGUUUUUUAACAGUGAUUUUGCUCACUGUAGUCGGACUGUAGUUUAUUUUAUAAUAGUUUUUAUGCGAUGAUUAUCAAACUAUAUUCUUCGGUAUAUACAUUAUUACAGAAGUUAUAAAGGUGAUAGCAUAGUAUAAUACAUGUAUAAUACCGAUAAUAUUCUUUAGAUCUUUAAUUUACAGUGCUAGUGUUAGGUGAUGGGAGUGAAGGAAAAUUUGCAGUGCCGUAAAAUAUGAACAACCCUUGUAGACAAACAACUCUCAUAUAUCAGACAAACAUACCUCCUAUACAAAAACUCUCAUGUACAUACAACACUCAUAUACAAAUGAACCUGAUAUACAAAAGCCCAUCAUAUACAUUCAACAGCAAAACAGGUUUAUCCCAUAAUUGCUGUUCUGUGAUAUAUGCUUCAGUCAUGUCAGUAAAUAUGAUUGCUUAAAGGCAUAACAUCUAAAUUAUAUUAAAGGCAGCAUGUAUUAGAUGCUAAGUUAUAAAGGCACCAUUUCAUAAAAAUAGUACAAUUUUUUGAAAAUAAAAACAACAAAGGAAAAAAAAAACAACAAACAAACAAAGUACUGGUUGAGUACUGCAGUACCAGUACCACUUUUUUGAGACAGUAAUGCAGUACCAGUAACAGUAGUUGCCAAAUUUUGACCAAGUAAUUCAGUAGCAGUACCAGUAGUUGCUAAAAUGGCUUCAGCAGUACUGCAGUAGCAGUACUACUGGUACUGCAACAAGCCUGUAUACAAGUAGUUCUCAUAUACAAAUAUACCUCAUAAAGAAGAACAAUCAACCCUUGUAUACACAAGUCCUCAUAUACAAAUAUACCUGUUAUAAAUUUCCGAAAACCUCACACCAUCAGGAUCAAAAGGAGGUCCGGUAUUUGAAAGUUUCCGGUAUUUGGAAGUACGGAGCGAUCUGGACAAAUACAACUGCAUACCAUAAGUCAUUCUCUUUGAUUUAGAACAAGUUGAGACUUGUAAAUUAUUUUAAUUUUGUCCUGUAAGGACGUUCAGUUUUACGUUGUCUAAGUCAUUUUGAUUACGAAAAUGAGUUUUUAAAUACCUACAGCCAGCUUUGAAGUUGCGAUGGUUUGAGAAACUGUUCGACCAAUUACAAAAUCAAACCAUUGUCCGAAGUUAAAUCUCAAUGCUGGCUAAUUGAUUUCUUAAUUAAAUGCUCGCUUUUAAUGAUACUGCUAUUAGAAUUAAAAAUCCAUGAAGAUGUUUGACGUAUAACCAUCAAAAUUUAAACCGCUAAUCAUUUCUUUAAUGAAAGAUCAUUAUGUAAUUAUCACGAUCUUCGGCAGUGUCUGAUCCUUUGAUCGACAGGGUGUGAUUCUAAUACGUGUCAAAAUAAUCGGUCACCACUAAUUGGUAAACAAUAGAAUCACAAGUCCUCAUAAUAUACCUCAUAAACAAAGAACCCUCAUGUACAAUCAACCCUUGUAUACACAAGUCCUCAUAUACAAACCCUUGUAUUCAAACAGUUCUCAUAUACAAACAGUCUUUAUGAACAAACAACCCCCAAUAUACAAACAGACAGACAGUCAAGCAAACACUGUCACAAAUAUGAGAUGCUUUUAUGGCACUCCUGAGCUAGGAUUAAAAAAAAGGCAGGGUACUGGCACUGGAAAGGGCACUUCUAGGGGGGUCUGAGGGCUUUCGUCCCCCAGAAAAAAUUGUAACCGGUGCAUGCAUUUGGCACAUUUUGAUAUACUUUAAUAAGGCAUGGAAUUUGGCACACUUAGGCAUGGUAUAAGGCAUACUUUGUGUUUUGAUAGGCUGUGUUUGUCAUCUCUAAUACAAAUACUAACUAAAAAUGCUGCUGCUUGUAUUUUACUUCAGUUCCAGUUAUUGAUUAUCAACUUUGCAACUUUAUAAGCUCAAAAAUGAACUUCCAAAGUUCUGCUUUGCGGUAUUUUAUUUUUAUAUUCAUAAUUACAAUAUCCACCUUUAUGAAUGAUUGUUACUUCACAUGUGUUCGUAUGUUUCUUUCAGGUCAUGCCUCCUGUAGAACAUAAGUCAAUUACUGUUAAAUUCCCAAUGAUAAGUCGAAAUAUUUUCCUAUCUAAAUUUGAUUGUGAUUGAUUUUUAGCUCACCAGAGCACAAAGUGCUCAAGGUGAGCUAUUGUGACCGAUCAUUGUCCGGCGUCCAUCAGCCGUCGUCCGUUAACAUUUGCAUUUUCAACACGCUAGAGGCCACAUUUGUGACCCAAUCUUUAUGAGACUUGGUCAGAAUGUUAGUCUUGAUAAUCUCUAGGUCAAGUCUGAAACUGGGUCAUGUGGGGUCAAAAACUAGGUCAGUAAAUUAGAUCAAAGGAAUAGCUUGUGAACACUCUAGAGACCACAUUUUUGCCCCAAUCUUUAUGAAACUUGGUCAAAAUGUUAGUGUUGAUGAUUUCUAGGUCAGGUUUGAAACUGGGUCAUGUGGGAUCAAAAACUAGGUCAGUAAAUCAGAUCAAAGGAAUAGCUUGUGAACACUCUAGAGACCACAUUUGUGCUCCAGUCUUUAUGAAACUUAAUCAGAAUGUUAGACUUGAUGAUCUCUAGGUCAGGUUUGAAUCUGGGUCAUGUUGGAUCAAAAACUAGGUCAGUAUGUCAGAUCAAUGGAAAACCUUGUGAACACUCUAGAGACGACAUUUGUGACCCAAUCUUUAUGAAACUUAAUCAGAAUUUUAGUCUUGAUAAUCUCUAGGUCAAGUUUGAAACUGGGUCAUGUUGGAUCAAAAACUAGGUCACCUGGUCAAAUCAAAGGAAAAGCUUGUGAACACUCUAGAGGCCACAGUUGUGUCCCAAUAUUUAUGAAACUUAGUCCGAAAGUUUGGCUUCAUGAUUUCAAGGUCAAGUUUGAAUCUGGGUUAUGUGGGGUCAAAACAGUGUCACCUGGUUAAAUCAAAGGAAAAGCUUGUGUACACUUUAGAGGCCAUGGUUGUAACUCAAUCUUUAUGAAACUGGGUCAGAAUGGUUGUCUUAAUCAUUUCUAGGUCGUUUAAAUCUGGGUCAUGUGGGGUCAAAAACUAGGCCACUAGACCAGGUCAAAGGGAAAUCUUUUCAACACUCUAGAGACCACAAUUUAAGUUUGAAACUCAUGAGAAUUAGUCAGAAUGUUUGUUUUGAUAAUCUGUAGGUCAAGUUCGAAUCUUGGUCAUGUGGGGUCAAAAACUAGUCAUCCAGUCAAAUCAAAGGAAAAGCUUGUGAAAUCACUAGAGGCCACAGUUGUAACCAAAUCUUAAUGAAAUUUAAUCAGAAUGUUUGUCUUGAUGAUCUUUAGGUCAAGUUCAACUCUUGGUCAUGUGGGGUCAAAAACUAGGUCAGUAGGCCAGAUCAACUCUGGUGAGUGAUAUAUAGGGCCAUUAAUUAGAUCUAAAUAUCUGUUGUCUGGACUUAAGUUUCAAUUGUGUAUAAAUGGACAUUUACAUCUGUGUGACUGUAAAGGAAAGUACACCUUGACAGGUGGCGCAAAAAUGAAGAUAAUUUUCAGACUGGUUUGCAUAUUGUGUGAAACACCAAGCUUCAGUGAUUUUAAUGCUAUUGGAGUAGUUUAAAAUAUCACAAGUUUACAUGUUUAUUGUUAACAUCUGCCUAGGGCACGAUUACAGCAGGUAAUUGUUUGCCGAUUAUGUCAAUAUGUGAUAAGUUAUGCCCCCAGGCAUGUAUCUCUUGAUAAAAAAGGGGUUUAGGGCCGUUUAUUAUAACCAUGGAGACAAAAAAGGCAGGUUGACUCAAAAGGCAAUCGGGGCGGAAAGGAAUGGUUGUAAAACGGGCAGGGUGCCUGGCGGGGCAACAGCGUGGAACGAAUUUCGGAACCAGGCCAUGCGCCCUGUUGUAAAUAGCUAGCUGGAGCACUGUUCUAUACUAUAAACAAGAUCCAUACAUUGCAUUGAUAUUUACAUAUUUGAUCCUGGUAUAAAAUCUUUUAUAUAUGACUGACUUCCUUUAGGAUUUUUUUUUUAAUGUACUAGCCUUACAUGAAUGCUUUGUUAAAUUUAUAUUUGUGCCAUACAUAAAGCUUUGUUUAUUUCUAAUUUGAUUAAUAAAAGAAUUUUAAAAGAAAAUGAAAAUUUACUGUUUGAUUUCCUAGCACAACAGAAAAAUUUCUGUCACUUUAUUUCCCAAAGGCUGUAUUAAAAAAGGGAGAGAAUUGUGUGAGGAUUAUUUUGUUUUAAAAUUGAGGUUAACAAAACAGGCAUAAGUUUGACAUGCAGAUCUGUGUAAGAUAAGAUGGUGACAUGAUAUAUUGAAGAUACAGUCAAGUUAAUGAUAUAUGGGUCUGAAUUUUGAAAUAUCAACACAACCUCAAAAGAAGAAUAAAGAAGAAAAAAAUGCACAUAUAAAUGAUGAUAGAUAGAAUUUUGAUCCAAACAUGCAGAACUAUCUUAAAAGGAUACAAAGUCGUUGCUUAGGAUGCUUAAAAGUAAUACAUUAAGUACAUAAAGAGAAAGAAUUCUAAAAUAAUUUCAAGAUAGAAUCAUAUUUCUUAUGUUCCUAUGCAAUAUUCAAAACUAGGUCAUGGGGGUAUAAAAAUUAGGUCACCUGCUCAAAUUUAAGGAAAAGCUUGUUUACACUACAGAGGCCACAUUUAUGACCCUAUCUUUUAUGUUGAUGAUCUCUAGGCCAAGUUCAAAACUAGGUCAUGUGGGGUCAAAAAUUAUGUCACCCGCUCAAAUCAAACGAAAAGCUUAUUAACACUGUAGAGGCCACAUUUAUGAUCCUAUCAUCAUGAAACUUGGUCAGAAUGUUUAUCUAGAUGAUUCCAAGGCCAAGUUCAAAACUGGGUCAUGUGGGGUCAAAAAUUGUGUCACCCUCUCAAAUCAAACGAAAAGCUUGUUAACACUGUAGAGGCCACAUUUAUGAUCCUAUCAUCAUGAAACUUGGUCAGAUCAAAUCAAAGGGAAAGCCUGUUAACACUAUAGGCUGUAGGCCCAUUUAGUCAGGUGAGCGAUCCAGGGUCAUCAUGACCCUCUUGUUAUGUUUAUAAGCUCUUUGAUCAUACCUAGAGGCAAAAAGACAGAAAGUUGCAAUCUUUUUCUUGAUUUGUGCUGCUCUUGCUUUAAGCCCUAUAAAAAUAUACAUUUGAUCUAAUUGAACAGUAAUACAUAUCAUUUGCUGUAUUAAUUUCUUUAAAUUAUAUAUGAGCUGUGCCAUGAGAAAACCAAUAUAGUGGGUUUGCGACCAGCAUGGAUCCAGACCAGCCUGCGCAUCCGCACAGUCUGGUCAGGAUCCAUGCUGUUCGCUAACGGUUUCUCUAAUUGCAGUAGGCUUUAAAAGCGAACA